GUUAUCGGCGCCUUAUCUCACGGCCUCAAUUAAGACUCAUACCCCGCGCGUGCUGCAGCUUCACACACGCCCGCCGUCACUCCGUCUACGCCAACACACCAUAGCUAACUCACGUCCUCCGUCACGGCUCCGAGAUCGUGGCCCGAGGAUGCAGGAGCCGGUAGGGGUCGUCAGCAGAGAUCGAGACUUGGGGCCAGUUCGACAGUCCAACGCAGGGUCAUUGUAAGCGCCCCAACCAAGCUGUCUUCUCCACAGUACCACUCAAUACCAGAUACUAAUGAACUUUCCUGUAUAGUUUCGUAAAAUUUCCUCAUUUUUAUAGCAACGCCAAACACUAUACAAGGAACUUUCGUCGUAUUUUGUGUUUGGUUGGGAGCUUACAAACUUGCUGUAUUGGACUGUAAAACUGGCCCUUGGAGGCGUCCCUUGAGCCUCCUUCCCGUCCCUUGGUGAGCCGUGAUGGCGGUGCGCGGCUCGGCUCCCGGCGUGCUGAAGGUGCUGGUGGUGGGCGACAACAACGUCAACAAGGGACUCCUGCUGGCCAAGUUUGAGAACAGUCAGCAGCAGAACUUCCCCUUCGUGUCAACCAUCGGUCUUCCGUUCCGCGUGCGUGAGGUGCGGGUCGAGGGUCGGCUGGUGCGGCUACAGUUGUGGGACGCGGGCUGGGCCGAGGCGUGGGCGGCCCUCACGGCGCCCCCCCAGGACCCCCUCGCCGCCGCCGCGCUGCUCCUCGUGUACGACGUGACCCGGGAAGACACCUACGAGAGCGUCAGGACCUGGUGA